AUGGUCUAUGGGGGUAAACCGAGCACCGGAUGUUACCUGUGUCGCAAGCGAAAAAUCAAGUGUGAUGAAGCCCGCCCCAGUUGCCGGAACUGUGCUAUCUAUGGACGCCCAUGUCCUGGCUACCGGCCUGAUGCGGUCUUUCGCAACGAGACCAGGAAAGUGGAACGAUUAGCAAAGAAAGAUAUUAGCUCCAGCUCUAGUUCUUCUGCUAUUGACCGCCAAGCGCACACACCAACAGCACAGUCAUCCGCUCUCGGGGAGAAGCAAGGACCUCCCCAUGAAGAGUCUGCAUUGACUCUGCAUCGCGUAGCGGACGCAACCUGGGAACAGCGCGCGCUAUGCUACUUCUUCGACCAGUUUACGAUCACCGGCGAAGGCGAAGAUGGCAUGGGCCAUCUCGAGUAUUUACCCCCGCUAUACGCACGCUGUGGCGAUAGCAGUGCGCGCGGCGAGAUGUCGCCGUCCACUUGUCUCCGGUGGGCGGUGGACGCAACGGCACUGAUGACUCUUGCCAACGUUGCACAUGCACCAUCACUCAUGGUCAAGGCACGGCAGGGGUAUGGUAAAGCCAUCCGCAGCUUGCGAGAAGCUCUGACCUCGCCAGACCAAGCAGCUAAGGACGAGACCUUUGCUUCUGUGGUGCUUCUUUCGUUAUAUGAGGAUAUCACCGGCGAGCGGAAUGGGUUGUUUAGUUCCCAUACCGCGGGGUUCGAGUUUCUCAUGAAACUGCGAGGUGAGGGCCAACUGGAUCAUCGACGCGGUCGUGAUAUGUUUAAUUUUGCCUAUGCACACACGUACGUUGAGAUCCUCGCGCUGGGAGACAAGCCCAGAUGUGAUAUCGACUGGGUUUUGGGACUGCUGGAUGAGAACGACCCCAUUGAGAGUCUAAUGCUCGCGGCAUCCAAGCUUAGCCAGCUCUCCCUGUCCAUGCAAGCUAGCCCCAGCCCACCCGACCAGGCGAUGGUCGAAUCGUGGAUUGCCGCCGGCCAACAGUGUGAAUUUGAGCUCUCCCAGUGGACGCUUCACCUCCCUGGUCGCUGGUUACCGUUAGUGGUCUACUCCGCACAGGGCGAACCCCUCCUCACCUACAACCGCAUCUCCAUCGCCGUGAUCUGGAACUACUACCGCGCUGUCCGUGUCAUGCUACAGCAACUCCUCUUCAACCUCAACCGUACCCUCCUCUCAAUCAUACAGAAGAAUAAACGCCCCGGGGACCCGCCCUCGCAGGCCGAGUCCAACCUCGACGAGAGUAGCCUGCGGGCCGUCAUUCAGGAAAUGACCACCGACACCUGCCGCAGCAUCCCUUUCGCCCUGUCCGAAGUCGACACCCUCGGCCGCCCUACGAACCCAAAUGACAAUAAGUACCCGAUGCGCGCCGCACAAGGCUACGGUCUGAUCUGGCCACUGUGGUACAUCUUGUCCUGCGGCAUGCCGACCCCGACCCAGGUCCAUCAGAUCCGCACCGUGCUGUCACGGGUCGGAUCUUCACUCGGCAUUAAAUUAGCUCUGCUGCUUGCUGGCGAGGCAGAACGCAUGCGUGGGGAUGCCAACUCCUUUCAAACUCCUGUGGUCGGUCCCUCCGGUCGGCAGGAGUGA